AUGUGAUUAUUUUCUUACUAAUCUGCACAUUCCUAAAUAGAGAGAGAUUAUCUCUUAUAUAUAAUCUGUUUACUGAUAAACAACCACCCCCAAGAUCUAAAUAAAUCACAUACCUCUUUUUACCACAUUCAAGGCAAUGGCUUUCUCUUGCGUCACAAGAGACCUAAUUUCAGUUCUUUCCCUUCUUCUUCUAUCAUUUACCCCUUCGUCGUCAUCUUUUUCUCCGAGGGACAAAGUCACAAUAGGAGUGCUUGCCCAACUCUGCGCAAAACCGCCAAUCUACGACCAUUUCUGCGCCGGUUGGCUAGCCCCUGAUCCAGAAACUUUCAACCUCGACAUAAGUGGUCUUGUCGACUUGGUCCUCCAAAAGACGCAGUUGUUUGCCUAUAAAAAUCUUGCCAUGAUGAAAGGCUUAAUGAGAACCACAAAUGAUCCGAGGCUCAAGGCCCCAUAUACGACUUGUGUGACAGGUUAUGAGUCAGCCAUUAAAGCCAUCGAGGGAGCUCAAACGUUUGCGACCUCUAAAUCGUACAAGCUAGCAUCUCAAGCUGCUUCUAAAUCCUUUGAUAGUAUAUCUUCUUGUGAACCUAAUCUUAAAGGACAGCAAAAUGUGCCUGCUUAUGUUCCUCAACGCAAUUUGAUGUACGGAAGAAUGUGUACCGUUGAUUCAGUUUUUUCGAGCGUUUUAAGUUCUUGAUUCUUUUGUAUCUUUCAUUCACCUACAAGGUGGCAAUAAAAAAUAGACCUAUCAAAACUCCAUUUACUAUCUGGUGUAAUAACAUAUGUUUUUCUUUUGAUAAGUUUCUUGGAUUUCCAACUUAAAACUAAUUGGCAAUUAUUAGAUUGACCUUAACUUUCUAUAUAUUAUUUAAUGUUAUGCUCGGAACUUUAAAACAUUUAUACACGGUCGAGCGAGUCAAUUACGACAUUAAUACCCGGUCAGGUAUGAUUAUACUAAUUAAGGAUUUAGGGUAUUUAGGAUAUGGGCUAUGAUAACCAUUAGUCUCACGGAAUCCAUCAUACCCCUCCGAGAUAAUGCUCUUUUCUAGCUAUCUCGAAGAAAUUGAGCCUUUCAUUGGGCCAUCAAUUCGUGGGAUGAUCGGGCCACUUUCCGGGUCGGAUUAAUGGAUCAGGAUAUUGGGUCCGUUCUGAUAUCAUGAUAAAUUUUAUGGGCUUCCAACUUAAGAUAAAUUGACAAUUAGUAGAUUGACCUUAACCAUUUAUAUAUUAUUUAAUGUAUUUUAAAAUUCCCAUGUGGAAUACUUAUCCCUAAUAUCUUUGUUUCUUAUAUUUACUUUUUCAUUUUUUUUUCAUGUAAAGUUUUGUUACGCUAUGUUGAUUAUAUAUGUUGUGAUGUAGAAAUUAUAGGUAAAGAUAAAAGAUAUCUAAUCUAUUUUAUUAAAAUAGAAGUCGUAAUUUCUUUUCAAGUUUCAUAUUUAAAAUUUGGAUUUUCCCUAAAAAAUUAUGUGAUAGGUAUUUCUAAAUAACAUUUUGGCAUCAUAGCUAAAUCACCUCAUAUAUUAUCGACUACAAUAACUAUUUUGCUUAUAUAUUGGUUCGGUUUACUAAAAUAUUUUGUCAUAAAAAAAGAAUCACAUUAUAGAUGUGCGAGUAUAGUAACAUUCUCCUCUAUGGCAACUGAAAAAA